CGGGGCCAGAGGGCGCUCCGAGGCGGCGGUCAUGGAGGGCGCGGGCUUCCGCAAGGAGCUGGUGAGCAAGCUGCUGCGCCUGCACUUCCGGGACGGCGGGACCAGAGUCAGUGGGGACGCGCUGCAGCUCAUGGCAGAGUUGCUGAAGAUUUUCGUCACAGAAGCGGCCGUCCGCGGGGCCCGGCAGGCCCAGGCAGAGGACGUGGCCCUCGUGGGUGUGGAUCAGUUGGAGAAGGUGCUUCCUCAGCUGCUCCUGGACUUCUAGGGUCCCCGCCAUCACUGACGCUGCCCAUCGAAUCCUGCCGGAGCCUCAUGUGAUCCCUGGUUUCAGACAGGGAUGCACCUGAGGAGU